CAGGGAGCCCAAUGUGGGGCUUGAUCCCAGGACCCUCAGGUCAUGACUUAAGCCAAAGGCAGACGCUUAAGGCACUGAGCCACCCAGGUGCCCUAAAGCAGUAACUUUAAAGGAAGAAGAUAGAUGUAUUUCACAAAGACCUUUUUGCUAAAAAACUGAUGUGUGCUUAGGCUGAGGUAUUGUUUUUAACACUUUUAUAAACGAUUAGUUUGGCGAUUUGCCCCCAGGAUGAUUUCCCCUAUCUUUUGUGGAAUAGAACAUGUGAUUUUUAAGACUCUGACUGCAAAUAAGUAUGUUCUUUAUGUAACCAUUUGGGUUUAAAACAUCUCAAAUUUAUCCUAUUUAGUUGCCAAAGGGUUAAGUCAACUAUGUAAUCCAUUUCUAGUGUUCCCAGUUCCACAACUACAUUUGAAAAUCUGUUUCACUGCUUGUGUUUUCUUAUAACAUUGUUUCCUGCUAUUACAACUAAGCUGUCCUGCCUCGCAGUUUGACUUUUUCAUCCGACAUCUUAGAUGGAUCAUGCCAGUGUUUCCUAAAUGACACAUUUAUGUGGCUAUUAUGCCUUAUUUCUAUUCUUCCUUAUUACAGACCCUGUCCCACCUGUAGUCAGUUCGGUUAGAACAGUGGUUUUGUCAUGGUGAUUAUUUUAUGAUUGUAUGGAAUGGGGCAAAUUUUGAGACAAUGAUUGAGCCAGUAGCAGAAUUGGUUGGCAUAUGCCCAUAUGAUUAUUUAGUUUGCUUCCUGCUUUGCCAUAGCAGGGAAGAAUUCAAUUCCUCCCACUUCCUGAAAGUCAAAGGAGGAAUUGGAGGACACAGAAGUGAAAGACACCUUAUUUUUUACCCCCAAAGUAGCUCAUGUGAUGUCAGGAAGGGCUUUGAUGAAACCACUGGCCCUACUUAUAGAUCUUAUUUUCCAAGCCUUUCAUUAUUUUAUUUGCCCUUUUCUGAACUCUACAAUUUCCCUCUCUUGUAGCUGGUUCGAUGCCCAGAACUGAAUGCUGUGCUCCAGCUGUGGCCUCACCGGUGCUGAAUAGAGAGGAAGAGCCACCUUCAUAGCUUACAUGUGAUUCCUCUGCUUAUACAACCCAAUACUGGAUUUACUUACUUUGGCAAGAUAGCUGCAUUGUGCACUGUAUUUAAUGUUACGUGUACUGUAACCCUGGGUCUUUCUCUGCAUUGCUGCCGUUAAACCCCCAAUCCUGCCAAUCUAGAACUCCUGCCUUUGUUUACCCGCACCCCCCCCCAUAGGCCCUUCUUACAUUCAUCCACAAUGAAUGUCAUCUUUAUUCUCUCAUUUCCUUUCACUCCAGUCUUAAACUUUGGUGAAACUUUCCCUCUGUCUAUAAAUUAUCGAUUGUCAGCCAUCUUGCUUUCCUCCCUGCUUUGGUAAUGGGAAAAUCUUUCAAGCCUUUUCUCUGGUUCUUUUCCUGUUGGAGUCAUUAACCACUUGGCGUUUCUUCCAAACCGAAUACCUCCAUACUCUUCUGAUUUGACCACCUGAUCAAGUUGUUACCUCUCCUUUAGUUCUUCUUUCCAGAUUUUCUUGACUCCUCCUGACCUCUAUCCCUCUGACUUCGUUCAAGAUACAGUAUUAUCUCACUCCUCUUCCCCAGAGGGGAGAUUGUAUAUUGAUUUACCAGGAAGUUUCUAGUAAUAAGGAAAGUGUUACUCUUCUCCAUUGUGAAUAGACUGGUCUUUAAUAAUUUUAAGCAAAUUCUUUCCCUGCCCCUACCCCCUCCCCGAGAUCAUAAUUAAAAAAAAAAAAAUGUUAGAGGUUAAUUUUCCAUACAUUUCUAAGACUAGUGAGCUAAAGAAAGAAGGAAGGGCAGUGAGGUGGGUAUUUGUGUUGGGUAGGAAAUGGCCUUCAAGAAAGCUAAACUGAGAUUCUUGUUGGGUUUGGCAUGGCUGUCUGAAAUGGGAGGUGAGACUUUGUUUUUCCUAGAUUCUGGAGCAUUCUCUUAAUCUCAGAUUUAGAGUAGGUUUUUAAGUUGGCUUAUUUAGGACUGUUGACACAGACACACAGUUAUUUAAUUGCCUGCUUUGGUUCAUCAUUUAGAGUGUGGGAAGUGUAACUUUUUCUGAUUGGAAGGUCUCCAUAUGCUCCUUUUAUCCAUUUCUAAAGUCCCUGCAGUUACACUGAAUUCCAGUGUCUCCUGUAGUGGUGGUCAAGUUCAUGUUUGAGUUCUCACCUUUUUUUUUUUCUAUCUUAGUUGAUGUGUCCCUAUUCAAACAGCCUCUCCUUGGAUCUGUGGAUCUUUUACUGAACUCAGAAGGAGCUGGAGUCAGAUGGCAGCACUAUGGAGGACUAUUCACAGGAGGACUGGGGAAACCACAGUCAGGAUCUCCAUGGCUAUCCAACAGAUCAGGAAUUGGAUGAAAUACCUCUCACAAAGAGAACAUUAAAAAUAAAACAAGAAUCUUCUGAAGAGGCACAGAAGAGAGACAUCAUGCAAAAUAUCGUCCAGAUUUUGGAAUCAGUACAAUUGAAAUGGGAACUGUUUCAGAGCUGGACGGACUUUUCAAGGCUUCAUCUUUCUAACAAACUGGCCAUUUUUGGAAUCGGUUAUAACACCCGUUGGAAAGAGGAUAUUCGUUACCAUUAUGCUGAGAUCAGCUCCCAGGUGCCCCUUGGCAAGCGACUGCGGGAAUACUUCAACUCCGAGAAGCCCGAGGGACGGAUCAUUAUGACCCGCGUGCAGAAAAUGAACUGGAAAAAUGUUUACUACAAGUUUUUAGAGAUCACCAUUAGCGAAGCUCGGUGCUUGGAACUGCACAUGGAGAUUGACUGGAUACCCAUUGCCCAUUCCAAACCAACCGGGGGGAACGUGGUUCAGUAUUUAUUACCGGGAGGCAUUCCCAAAAGUCCAGGCCUUUAUGCCAUUGGCUACGAAGAAUGUAUGGAGAGGCCCCCAUCUCCACACCUGGAGCGACAUUCUCUGGACCCAGGAAAGGAGGGCCGGGUUGACUUGGAGACCCUCUCGGCGCAAGCCUCGUUACAGGUGGAAAUCGAGCCCACCCGAAUAAUCUAUUGCUACCUCGGGAUUGCUGAGGUCAGGACUCUCCAGCAAUGCUUAUUUUUACAUUUCCAAGCAAAUACCAAAACCUUCAGCAAAGAUUGGGUUGGUAUUAAUGGGUUUUUAUCCCAGAACUGUAUUGUGGAUCCCGGAGUCUCCCCCAAAUCUAUCUAUAUCAAAUUCGUAGAAGUAGAGAGGGAUUUUCUUUCCGCCGGCUCUUUAGUUGAGUGCCUGGAAAAAGCCAUUGGAUACCCCUUAAAAUUUAACAACUGAACGUCAUCCUUCAUAAGGAUUUGGGCUCUUACCUCCCUUCUCUACUCACUCUGCAUUCCCGAGACUGCCCCCUUAUCCAGAUGCUGCCAUCAGACUCUUCAUGGAAACUCGUUCCACAGUCGGGCCAGUACAACUUCAACUGAAUUAUACCAGACUUUGGGCAGAAAAAACAGACCUCACCUGAAAAUGCUCAUUUUGAGCAAACAAGAUUCACAGCGAACUUGCAUGGUGGGUCAGCUGUUCUUUUUUUAAAAACAAAAAGACAAUUUUUAAAUGGAUUUUAGAGCCCUAUUAUAAAUAAAUGUAGGUACAUUCCAUAUUGGACAAAAACACUUUGAGUUUCAUAUGAAAUUGAAAAAUUGUAUUUUUUUCACAAUGUUUCAUUUUUACACAUCUCUAUGUCUCUAUAUAAGUAUUAUUUACAACCCUGAAUAAAUAAGCAAUAGAUAAUGGCAAGUUAAAUCGCGAGUCACAGUAAAUAAGACUGUUUUUCAAUAUCACCCUUAGCUACUAUUGUAUAUAAUUUAGAGUUUCAUUUUUUUCACCAGCCAAGUGUUUUGCUAUUCCCAAUCAGUGUUGCCUGCAAAGACCUUUGUUUCUGUGAUGUACCAACUUUACGGUUGUGUUGCCAUUUGAACUUUUUAAAAAAAAAUUAUUAAAGUAAUUCUUGGCCUCUUGGA